AUGACUAAACCAAUAGUGGUUGUUGGUGCUGGUGUUGUUGGCCUGACUUGUGCCUACCAGUUGGCCGAAGAGGGUUACAACGUCACGGUUGUUGCUAAGCACCUGCCUUCGACCUCGAUAGCAGACUCGCAGUAUACUUCCCCAUGGGCAGGUGCUCAUUUUAGACCAUUUCCGGCCAAGACACCAGAAGAGUACAGAGACUCCAAGCUUACCAGAUCGACAUAUGAGGCUUUUAAGGAGCUCGCUGCAGACUUCCCUGAAAGCUCGAUCCGCUUCAUGCCAGGAACAGAUUUUAUAGAACGUCACGAUCCGCUCUACGAAAAUAUCAGCGCAGGAUAUGCCGAAGGCAUUGAAAACUUCACGGUUCUCCCGAAGUCGGCCCUGCCUAAGGGAGUCAAGUUUGGCGCCACGUAUGAUGCGUGGUGCAUGAAUUCUCCAAUGUACAUCCAGUUCCUAGAGCGUAGACUGGACAUGUACUACAAUGUGAAAUUCGUGCAAGAAAGCCUUGGUUCUCUAAAACAAGUUGCGGAGUUGUUUCCAGGUGCCACCAUUGUGAACUGUUCAGGACGAGGUUUAACGUAUUAUGGGGGUUAUGAUCCAGCCACCUAUCCGAUCAGAGGCCAAACGCUAUUGGUGAAAAGCCCAAAGGACUGCCCUUACAACCGUGAAACGGUGACCUAUCAACUAGAAGAUGGUUCUUUUUGCUUUGUCAUUCCUCGUCCAUUGGACGGGGGUGUGAUCUUGGGAGGUACAAAACAGGUCGGAGAUCUGUAUCCACAGGUUAGAAGUGCAGACACCGAAAAGCUGAUUGCUAACGGCAAAAAAAGGUUUCCGGAACUUCUGAUCGACGGAGAAUUCCAGAUCAAACGCAUCAACGUUGGAUUCAGACCUGCAAGACACGGAGGUGUGAGAAUCGAAAGAGAAGUGGUCGACGGCACUGAGCUCGUCCACUGUUAUGGUUUUGGCGGAUCCGGCUACGAGAUGAGCUGGGGUGCUGGUCAGAAAGUUGUAGAACUAGUCAAGGCAGCUAAAUGCAAGCUUUAA